GUGCGUACGGAAAUAGUUACGUUAGUUCUAGUAAUCAUAAAAAUUACUCUCGGUGAAUCCAUCUUUAAGGAAACGAUUACAAUUUGUAAUUAAAAACUAAUCAACGAAAUCAGAAGAUCGCUUGUUGUGAACGGAAACAUUACGUGAAGAUAGGACACACCUAAGAGAAGUUCGUUAACGGUUCAUCGAAAACGAAAGAACGCGUAGGGCUGCCAAAAGAGACAUUCUAUACGUUAAACUGUUAAAAAUGCAAUGAUUCGUGCGAAGUAUUCGAUUGGGAAUGUAAGCUUUGUCAAUUGUGAAGAAAGCCGAAGUUUCACAGUACGGUUUUGAGUAGUACAUCUCUUUCGUGGUUACUUUGGCAGACUUCUUGCAAUCACCUAUUUAGCAUCUUAAAAGCUAGAUUCAAACUGCUUACGAUGCGAAGGCCAAAAGUCGACUACUAAUGGUUUUACAGUAUUUUAUACUGCCACUUGUGAAACUAGAUGAGAACUUUGCUUCGCCUUGUAUCGCUUUAAUACUCGAAGCUUUCUUCACUACCUUACUCUGUUAGCUUCACAACUAGUGGACACAUCACACACAGGAGGACAAUUUCUCGCGUCUGGCAGCCCUGAGUGAAUGCUCGGAACCUGUUCGUGGACGCGGACUCAGUGCUCCGCCGGCCGCUGCGCCGCUGUGUAGUGUAGUGUUGUGCUGUGAUGUGACCAUGGCCAGCUUCGAAGACCUCGCGUUUGACUGGUCUUCCCUCUGCCAGGAGUGCCCCGAAUGCUGGACGCCCUCAGACCUACAGCUGGCCGCGGAGCUGGGCAAGACUCUGCUGGAGAGGAACAAGGAGCUGGAGACAGCGCUGCGACAGCACCAAAAUGUCAUUGAGGAUCAGUCACAGGAAAUUGAGUACUUAACGAAGCAGACGGUCGCGCUGCGCGAAGUGAACGACUCCCGGCUGAGGAUAUACGAGCAGCUGGAGGUCAGCAUACAGGACCUGGAGCGGGCCAACCACCGCCUGGCCGUCGACCAUGCCGCCGACAAGAAACAUAUUAAAACAUUAUGCAGUACGAUCGAAACACUUGAAGCUAAGUGCGAAGAUUUCCAGAAAACAGUCGACGACUUAAACGCCCAACUAGAAAUCGUAAGGCGAAGAGCCGAAAGGAAACCCGAAAAUGAGAAACCGAAAGAAAAGGAACUAAAACCCGCGACCAACGAUGAGACCGUAGCUAAAACGAAUAGUACCACCCCACAGAAGUCGUCAGCUCCUCUCCCAGAACUAACGAAAGAAGACGAGGAUCUACUUAGGUUAAGUGAUGAACUUAGAGAGAACAAAGUAGCCUUUGCGCAGGAACAGAGAAGAGUAACGGAACUAGAAGAACAGCUUGCCUCGGUGAUACAGGAGAACAACAGAUUACAAGAACAGUUGAGGAAUUGGCACCUGAGAGAAGAUGAGCCCAAAUCGAUGCACGAGGAAUUCUCAAUCCUUGAGGAAGUCAGACAAGGACAACUGUGCAUCAGGUGCCUAAGAGGAAUAGAGAGGGACGAUAUGUCGUCUAUGCUCGACGGAGACGACGACGACCGAAGUGCAAUCAGCUCCCUCAUCCUCACACCUUCAGGCCGACAGAGCCCAAGGGACGACCAAGUCAGCAGCAAACUCGUCAAAUUCGACAACGCCAAAGAGAAACUACUUCAAGGCAUAUGGGCGAACAAGGAGGACGGCCACGACAACCCGUACCGGGAGCUGGUCCAGAAGUACGAGGCCCUGCUGGAGGUGCAGCUGUCCCAGGUGAAGACCAUGCGCAAGAACAAGACGAUAACACUGCCCGGCGCACAGACACACGCCGGCCCGCUGUCCCUGCAGGACGAGCUCCAGGUCUCCGCCGACUACGCCCGCUUCGGCGUCAAGGACACCGACGAUGAGAGCGGCCACGGCGAGGAGCCCAAGGACGACCGGCAGAAGAAGACCGAGCCCGCCUCCAGGAAGAAGAUUAUCCAGACCCCCGACUUCUCCGAGGCCGAGACAUCCAGCUCCGGCUUCUCGGACGAGACCAGCAACAAGGCCACGCAGACCGAGCGCGAGCGGCCCGGCUCCUUCCUCUGCACCAUCGCGGACGGCGAGGACUACCGCUUCAGCAUCUACGACGACGUCAGCCCGAUGGACAGCCGGUUCCGGAAUCGGCCCGAGUACCGGGAGCUGUUCAAGGAGAUAUUCACCAUCCUCAAGAAGGCGGCCGAGAACAAGGACGAGGGCGAGCGCCUGCCCCUGCUCGACGACACGACGGCGGGCAAGGUGCCACCCGUCACGCCCGCCACCGACGAGCCCCCCGGCACCUUCACCGACGACACCCAGAGCGUCCUGUCCUCCGUCAUGUCUGAGCAGUCGAUUCCAGUGUCCGACGUCACCGUUCCGGAGGCUCGCCCGCAGGAGGAGAAGGAGGCCGAGAAGGCCGAAACGACGAAGCCGCCCGAGAAACCGAAGAAGAAGGCGACGGUCGAGGAGAACGGGCGGGACGAGCUAACGGGGGCGCCCAUCAGCGAUAAACCCCAGGAAGAGAAGGAGCAAGAGAAAUCGAAGGAAGCCGAGAAGGAGGCCGAGAAGGAGCGAGUUCUGACGCCGCUGGUGCGUCAGCCCCUCGAGUACAUAGCGGCCACUAGAAAGAAGUCCAGACAUCGGAACAGGAAGCACAGCCAGGACCGGCAGGGGGCCGACUCGCCCGUGUUCCCGUCGCCACCCAAGAUCACGUACCAGAAGUCGUCGAACAAGAAGCGGCGCGACUACCGGCCGAUCGAAGUGAGCCCGCUGGUACGGACGGCGGACUCUGAGUGGAACGGCACCACGCUGCAGUUCUACAACCGCAGCAUCAACUCACCCACGCCCAGCGCCAGCGGCCGCACCGGCAAGAUCUACCAGGGCUGGAACGCCGAGACCGACUCGUGGGACAUCAAGCAGAGCACCGCGUCCCAGGAGAUCCACAAGCUGAGGAAACUCGAGCUGUCCUACGCCGAGGUACUGCGGAACGCCGACAAGACCAAGAACCGCCGCAAGAAGCACCAGUAAUAACUGCUACUGGUGAAACUAUUUUACCCCUCGACCCCCUCUCGCCGAGAGAGCGAAGUGAUCAAACGCCAUUUGUCGUUGCCAACUGGACAAUUUUAGUUUAGGAGUUUUGUGAUCUGCUAGCGUUACUUUUUAAUUUUUAUCACAAUCCAUAUUUGGUUGCCAUAUACGUUUCAUUUAUGAUACAUAUAUUUAUUCAACUCAUCAUUUCUCAAUAGCCCGGGGCAGUCUGCUUUAAGUACUUGUUUUAAAUUAUUGUCUUACGUCCUUACGUUUACAACUAUGUCGCUUAAAAUCUCAUACUAUCUUAAAUACUUUUAACUCAAUCUAUACUAUCAUAGUUUCACAUUAUAUUUUGUUACGAUCAAUUUUAAGACGAUCACCUUAUAAAAUUGUCAGCAGACUUGCCCCAGAAGACACUAUUUACCUAUUGGAUAGAUACCCUCCGAUCAUUAGAGAGUAACGUAAAACCGCAAAAUAUCUGCAUUUAAUAGGAAAGACGAAAGCGAAACAAGCUUAUUUUUAUUGCAUUUGAUAAAAAUUUUAAAAAUUCAAACCGAAUGAGUUUUUCUUAUAAAUUCAUUCUUAUAAUUGAGUCACUACUUUAAUAUUGUAUAUUAUAUAUUAUUUUAUUAUGUUAUGAACUUUAAUUUGUAAAUAUUCUAAGUUAUGUUAAUUUGCCAUGUCUGCGAGUAUGAACUUCAAUUCUUUUGAACGUGUGCUGGAUUAUUUAACAGAAGUAAAGUUGAAGGUAUGAAAUAAAAAAAAUGCAUUGAAUAUA